AUGAGUAAUGAGAAAAAGAAAUAUAUUGUACCAGCAAUUGAUCUAAAUAAAAUUACUAAUGAAGAACAAUUACUACCAUUGAUUAAAGCUAUAUUACUAUACCAUGAUACUUUUUUGUUAAAAAAUUAUGCUAACAAAGAAUCUUUGGACAAUUUGCUUCAAGAUCUCCAAGAUUGUCCUCCCGACUUGAAUCAAGGCUUCGAUGCUAAUUUCACAGGGACAUUACCCUUGGAUCAGGAUCAUAAUAUUUAUUUGGAACAAUACAUUUCCAACACAGGUAACGCAUUGCAAUUUGAUAGACAAUGUAAUAAUGCCUGUUUGUCUCGUUUACAAUCAAGACUAAGUAAAGUGGCGCAUUAUUUUGCCACUUUAUCAGUUAAAGCAAUUAUUCAAGAACCACAACUUUUACAAAAACUUACAGAAAAUGGAGCUUUGAAAUUAACACGUUAUUAUAAUGGAUCAAGAGCAACAAUCAAUCCUUCUACUACAACUACUCAUAAUAAUAAUGUCAAUUCAUUAUUAUCAGAUCCGCUGGCGGAUGUAUUAGGAUUGACUGCAGGUUUUACUAAUGAUAAUAACAAUGGUGGUGCAGACAAUGAAGUGAUGGGUGGUCAUUAUGAGACACAUGAUUGUGCAGGUCUAUUAUCUAUCUUUCCAACGACAAAUGGAAUCCGUUAUAAGCCAGCUUCGAUUUCAUCUGAUGAUAAUGUAUGGGUAUCUGUUCAAAAGGAUCCAACGGCCCUAGUGGUUCAUAUAGGACAGUUGCUUGCACAUGUCUCAGGUGGUAUGUUUACUAGUUCUCCUUUACAAAUAGACACAGCAUCUAAUAUUGUAGAGUUAACUGUCUUCCCAAAUUUAACUACUUCAUUUGGAAAUGAUAGUAAUAUAAAUAUGGCCUCUACAUUGCUCGAACAACAAAUUAAAGAAUUCCCAUUGGUGGCACAGCAAUUUUACAAUAAGCAAUGGUCAAAACAACAACUAUUCGAAAAGAUUAAUUUCUAUAAGAAAUUGUUUACCACAAGUGAAACCGUACUAUCAUUAUAUGUAAUGUCUAGAGGAUCCACUGUAUCACCUAGAUUGGAUAACUUAUUACCACAAAUGACUAAUUUGUUGAAACGUAAAAUUGCUCAACAAGAUUUUUUGAAAAUGAUAACUUUAUGGCCUCAAGUAUACAUUUUGGAUUCAGAUUCAAAUCAUGAAUUGACUGUGAAGUUGCCUCGAAGAGAUAUACUAGCCUCAUUGACUAAUAACUCAAGAAAAUUGGAUUUUAUACAAUUUGCAGAUCAAUGGUAUGCGAACAAUAGUCAAUUAGAAACUGUUCCAUUGGAUGUACCUAUUUUUAAGAUUAAUAAAAGGCGUGGUAGUGAUAACUUUGAAUCACAAGGUGAUCUGUUGAAAAAGGAAAAUCAUAGUUCUGAUAUUGAUAAUAACACUUACUCAAAUUUACCCCGUUCAAGAAAUUAUUUAUCGAAUAAUCGUGAUCCGUCUAAUAUAUCAUCAAAGAAUAAAUCUAGAAACCAUUCACAAUCUGAUUUAUUGAAAAGAUUACAAGAGAAAGAGAGAAGAUCUGCAACUUUGUUACAAGAGAGACAACAAAAAUAUCAACAAUUUCUAACUGUUAAGAUGAAACAAGUCUUUAAUAUCAUCUUUUCUUUACAACCAAAUAUACCUUAUACUAUGACACACUUGAAGGCAAUCAUUGUGGAUUCUUUACAAGAUAGUAAUAAUCCGAUCGGACCUGAAGAAGCUGAAGAGGUUUUACUGAAAUUGCACGAUUUACUCAGUGAAAAUAUAGGUGUGAAGAGUGUGGACGGGGGUUUGAAGGUUUUAAGAUGGAAUAAUCUUAACAAAGAGCAAUUCGAUAUAGCAUUAGCAUCAUUUAAUCAUCAUGCUGAUUAG